AUGACGAAACCGAAGAUAUCAGCACGCUCCAAACGUUCCCCGCGAUACCUGUACGCGACUUACCGCACCGAGUGUGAAGAAGCGUUCCCCGCCGCCUUUGAAUUUACGGACGAAAGGAUCAAAGACCGUCGUCUUCCUGUGCAGCCCCUCUAUAAGCCCGACAUUGGAGUGAAGAUACCCGUUCCGAUGUAUUUUGCCGGCUUCAUUGUCUCUGCUGGGUGGCAUCACCACUGGAACCGCCGCCACGGUGUGCAUGGUGCAGACGUUGUCGCGUCCAAGGCAGUGGUCGACUGGGUUAAGCUCGGUAGUCCCUCACUGACGUUUCGUGCAUUUACCACCCCCUCACGGUUCGCUCGACACUCCACCAUCGCCAUCUCCAGCGAGCCCUUUCUCGCACCCCGUGUAUAUCCCUACCCAACGGGCGACAAUGUGAUAUACUUCAUCACCCAUUUGGCAGACCGACGAGAUAUCGAUUACUUUUACGACAACCGGGACGCCAUUCUUGACCGCUUCCUGGACGUGUUGAGCUUUCCCUCAGACGAGAAGGACAUAAUCAAGACAAGGUUAUUCAAAUGGCAUAGGGUGAUGCCUACGACAAUGUCAGCGUUGGAUGACUUGAAGGAGGAUUUACCGGAGGAUAUGUGUUUGCAGUACACGGGGCCUAUCCCCGACGAGUUCAAGUCUGAGUACAACUCCGCCUCUGAGUCCGAGUCCGAGUCUGACUGA